CAUUAGAUAAAGAACAGCUUCCAUUAAAAUAAACGUUCAGAAAGGGAUUUUCAAUCAAGUUUUAUCAACGGAGAAACCGUAUUUGGGACAAGGUGAAUCUACAAGAAGUAUUCUGCCAACUAGAAGUGUAGAGUCCCCUAAUGUAACAGACUUGAUGUCUACAACAGAGAAACCAUACUGGGGAUUGGGUAAUUCUACAAGAAGUACUCUGCCGACUAGAAGUGUAGAAUCUACUAAUGUAACAGAAUUGAUGUCUACAACAGAGAAACCGUACUGGGGAUUGGGUAAUUCUACAAGAAGUACUCUGCCGACUAGAAGUGUAGAAUCCCCUAAUGUAACAGAUUCAAUGUCAACAACGGAUAAACCGUAUUUGAGAUGGGGUAGCUCUACAACAAGUACUCUGAUAACUGGGAGAGAAGGCUCGCUUAAUGUGUCAGACUUAGUUUCAUCAACGAAGAAACCGUACUUGGGAUGGGGUAAUUCUCCAGGAGGGAAUUUAAAUGAAGGCAGUUCACCAUGCACCUCAUCUGUUACUUUGGUUGGAUCUAUAUUAGGCGUUCUUUUGGUGCUUGUAUCUAUCAUAUUCAUCAUUAUCAUUAUAAGGCUAAGGAAAACAGCUUUAAGAAAGCGUCACAGACAUACCACGGAUACAAUCAGGGCAUAUGAAGACAUUGGUUCUGUAUCAGCAGAUCAUAGUUAUACUGCAAUGCAACAUAAUACAGGAAGAGGUUCAUAUAUCCAACCAAGGUCACCGUAUAUUAAUCAUCAUGCUAAUACACUAAUAAGCAGGAUUGAGGAAUGUGAGUUUACUGGAGAAAAAUCUGAAGACAACCAAUACAGUCAAAUUAAAGAUCAUCAUCAUUAUGUCGACAUUAUUACAUGAGACGAGUGUAAAUUAAAGGAUACAGUCAUCCUUAUAUAUUUCUUUUCUUUCCUCUAAAACAAGUUUAUUGCACUAUAAGUAGUUACAAAAGUUACCUUGCCUAUCGCAUUUGACAAGGCAUCCAUGUAUGUU